AUGCGCAGCAACCUUCCCGCCCCUUCCCGCUUCCAUACUCACCGCCUUGGAGCAGCGAGUCCCCCUGCGCUUUGUGCCACUGAGUUCCUUUACAACGACCACCUAUUUUCUCUGCAGAUCAAGGACGUGGAGGUCCUCAACUGCGAAUACGGCAAGAACACCAUUAAGUUCCUUCGCCUUCACAGAGAGGGGAAGAAGCACUUCGUGAAAGAAGUGGAAGUGUGCACGCAUCUCCGGCUGACCUCUGCUCAGGAGUACCUGGAUGGAAACAACUCUCUUGUGAUACCUACGGACACCAUAAAGAAUACUGUCCUUGCCUUGGCCAAAAAACAUGGGAUCCCAACUUUAGAACAAUUUGCUAUAGACAUCUGCAAAUACUUCAUGACAUUUUGCCAAGUGGCGUACGUCAAAACCUACGUUCAAGAAGUACCAUGGCAACGUCUACACGAGAACGGCGUUCCCCACGUCCACGCAUUCAUUUGCGUUCCUGAUGGGAUCCGCUUUUGCGAAGCUGAGCAGUGCCGAAACGGUCCUCUGGUUGUUUUUGCUGGAAUUAAAGAUCUGAAACUUAUGAAGACGACGCAGUCUGGAUUUGAAGGCUUCUUUAAGAACGAAUACACCACGCUUCCCGAAAGGCACGACAGGAUUUUAUGCGGAGAGCUCUUCUGCAAGUGGUCAUACGGCGAGUGCAAGGAUUUGGACUUUGACUGCAUAUGGAACAAAAUCCGCGAAUGUAUCCUUGAAGCCUUUUCUGGGCCACCCGACUGCGGGGAGUAUUCGCCCUCUUACCAGAAAACUGUCAACAAUAUCCAGAUGUUCGUCCUUUCCAAAGUGUCACAGGUACAGGUCAUAGAAGUCGUCCUGAACAACACUUUUUAUAAUGUCGUAGACAUGAAGAAUCUAGGCUUGACCAACGACAAAGAAGUUCUGGUGCCAGUGGAAACUCCCUACGGCUCCUGCGCCUGCACGCUCGGCAGGAAGAAGUUCCUAGAAGCACAAAGCCACGUGCUAAAAGACGAGAGGCAAUGUCAGUUUGGACUGGCAGCUGCCCAGGAAAACUGA